AUGACCGUCUUACAUACCCACCCAGGACCCACCCAGGACCCUCUCACAUACCCACCCAGGACACACCCAGGACCCACCCAGGACCCACCCAGGACCCUCCCAGGACCGUCUUACAUACCCACCCAGGACCCACCCAGGACCCACCCAGGACCCUCUCACAUACCCACCCAGGACCCACCCAGGACCCACCCAGGACCCUCUCACAUACCCACCCAGGACCCACCCAGGACCCUCUCACAUACCCACCCAGGACCCACCCAGAACCCACCCAGGAUCGUCUUACAUACCCACCCAGGACCCACCCAGAACCCACCCAGGACCCUCUCACAUACCCACCCAGGACCCACCCAGAACCCACCCAGGACCCACCCAGGACCUUCUCACAUACCCACCCAGGACCCACCCAGGACCGUCUCACAUACCCACCCAGGACCCACCCAGGACCACCCAGGACCCUCUCACACACCCACCCAGGACACACCCAGGACCCACCCAGGACCCUCUCACACACCCACCCAGGACACACCCAGGACCCACCCAGGACCCUCUCACACACCCACCCAGGACACACCCAGGACCCACCCAGGACCCUCCCAGGACCGUCUUACAUACCCACCCAGGACACACCCAGAACCCACCCAGGACCCUCUCACAUACCCACCCAGGACCCACCCAGGACCCACCCAGGGCCCUCCCAGGACCGUCUUACAUACCCACCCAGGACCCACCCAGGACCGUCUUACAUACCCACCCAGGACCCACCCAGGACCCACCCAGGACCCUCUCACAUACCCACCCAGGAUCCACCCAGAACCCACCCAGGAUCGUCUUACAUACCCACCCAGGACCCACCCAGGACCCUCUCACAUACCCACCCAGGACCCUCCCAGGACCCUCUCACAUACCCACCCAGGACCCACCCAGGACCCUCUCACAUACCCACCCAGGACCCUCCCAGGACCCUCUCACAUACCCACCCAGGACCCUCUCACACACCCACCCAGGACCCUCUCACAUACCCACCCAGGACCCUCUCACACACCCACCCAGGACCCACCCAGGACCCUCCCAGGACCCUCUUACAUACCUACCCAGGACACACCCAGAACCGACCCAGGACCCUCUCACAUACCCACCCAGGACCCAACCAUGACCCACCCAGGACACACCCAGAACCGACCCAGGACCCUCUCACAUACCCACCCAGGACCCAACCAUGACCCACCCAGGACCCACCCAGGACCCUCCCAGGACCCUCUCACACACCCACCCAGGACCCACCAGAAUCCACCCAGGACCCACCCAGAAUCCACCCAGGACCCACCCAGGGCCCACCCAGAAUCCACCCAGGACCCUCUCACAUACCCACCCAGGACCCACCCAGGACCCACCCAGGACCCUCUCACAUACCCACCCAGGACCCACCCAGGACCCUCUCACAUACCCACCCAGGACCCAACCAGGACCCACCCAGGACCGUCUCACAUACCCACCUAG